UUACCGCCGCGCGCUGUCGCUCACUUUCCAGAGUUCCGAGCUCCGCGGCGCUGCGUCCGCCCGCCCUUAAAGGGCCCGCGUCCCCGGAAACUCGCGGGCCCGCCGGCCGCGGGGUCACGACCACCCAGCCGGUCCGGCCUGCCCGGCCCUGCGGCCGCCCCGCCAGCCGCUCCUCCGCCUCGCCCGCGGCUCCGGCUCCCGGCCGCCAGCCGCCCCUGGUGCACCAGGCCUGGCGGGGGCUGCAGGGUCACUGUGCGUUCUGCCCACGCGAGCCGGGGUCCCUGCGUGCAGCCCCCUCCCCUGCGUCCCCUCCCCCCGGGGCCCCGGGAGCGCCCCGCGGGUGCAGGGAGGGGACGUUUCCUAAUCUCGGGCCGGGGUUAAAGUUCUGGUCUUGGUGAGAUGCUGGAAGCUGCAGGCGCAGCCCGUCCCGGAGGUGUCCUGUCGCCUGUCGCCGCAGCCCCAACCCCUGCCACCACCGCUGCCGUGCCGGGGCCAUGUUCGCUCUGGGCUUGCUCUGGGUGCUCUUGGUGGCUGCGGUCGACUCCCAUCUGGGAGUACUGGGGCCCAAAAACGUCUCGCAGAAAGACGCGGAGUUUGAGCACCUCUACGUGGAUGAGGUCAACAGCGAGUUGGUCAACAUCUACACCUUCAACCACACUGUGACCCGCAACCGGACUGAGGGUGUACGAGUCUCAGUGAAUGUCUUGAACAAGCAGAAGGGGGCGCCUUUGCUGUUCGUUGUCCGCCAAAAGGAGGCUGUGGUGUCCUUCCAGGUGCCCCUAAUCCUGCGAGGGCUAUAUCAGCGCAAGUACCUCUACCAAAAGGUUGAACGAACACUAUGUCAGCCUCCCACCAAGAAUGAGUCUGAGAUCCAGUUCUUCUAUGUGGACGUGUCGACUCUGUCAUCAGUCAAUACCACUUACCAGCUCCAAGUCAACCGGGUGGACAACUUUGUGCUGAGGACCGGGGAGCAGUUUACCUUCAAUACCACUGCAGCCCAGCCCCAGUACUUCAAGUAUGAGUUUCCUGAUGGAGUGGACUCUGUAAUUGUCAAGGUGACCUCCAGCAAGGCCUUCCCCUGCUCAGUCAUCUCCAUUCAGGAUGUCCUAUGCCCUGUCUAUGAUCUAGACAACAACGUAGCCUUCAUUGGCAUGUACCAGACUAUGACUAAGAAGGCAGCCAUCACUGUGCAGCGCAAAGACUUCCCUAGCAACAGCUUUUACGUGGUAGUGGUGGUGAAGACUGAGGACCAGGCUUGCGGGGGAUCUUUGCCCUUCUACCCUUUUGUAGAAGAUGAACCCGUCGAUCAAGGGCAUCGUCAGAAAACUCUGUCAGUCCUGGUCUCUGAAGCUGUCACAUCUGAGGCCUAUGUUGGUGGGAUGCUCUUUUGCCUGGCCAUAUUUUUCUCCUUCUACCUGCUGACCUUGCUCCUGGCCUGUUGGGAGAACUGGAGGCAGAGGAAGAAGACCCUGCUGGUGGCCAUAGACCGAGCCUGCCCAGAAAGUGCUUCUCUCCUUGGUCAUCCUCGGGUCUUGGCCAAUUCCUUUCCUGGCAGCACCCCUUAUGAGGGUUACAACUAUGGCUCCUUUGAGAAUGGUUCCGGAUCUACCGAUGGGUUGGUUGACAGCACAGGUUCAGGGGACCUCUCUUACAGUUACCAGGGGCACGACCAGUUCAAGCGGCGCCUUCCCUCUGGCCAGAUGCGGCAGCUGUGCAUUGCCAUGGACCGCCCCUUUGACCCAGUGGGGACUCGGCCACGACUGGACUCCAUGAGCUCCGUGGAAGAGGAUGACUAUGACACAUUGACUGACAUUGAUUCAGACAAGAAUGUCAUUCGCACCAAGCAAUACCUCUGCGUGGCUGACUUGGCACGGAAGGACAAACGUGUUCUGCGGAAGAAGUACCAGAUCUACUUCUGGAACAUUGCCACCAUUGCGGUCUUCUAUGCCCUUCCUGUGGUGCAGCUGGUGAUCACCUAUCAGACGGUGGUAAAUGUCACAGGCAACCAGGACAUCUGCUACUACAACUUCCUCUGUGCCCACCCACUGGGCAACCUCAGCGCCUUCAACAACAUCCUCAGCAACCUGGGGUACAUCCUGCUGGGCUUGCUCUUCCUGCUCAUCAUCCUGCAGCGUGAGAUCAAUCACAACCGGGCCCUGCUACGCAAUGACCUCUAUGCCCUGGAGUGUGGAAUCCCCAAACACUUUGGUCUAUUCUAUGCCAUGGGCACAGCACUGAUGAUGGAGGGACUGCUUAGUGCCUGCUACCAUGUCUGCCCCAACUACACCAACUUCCAGUUUGACACCUCUUUCAUGUACAUGAUUGCUGGCCUCUGCAUGUUGAAGCUCUACCAAAAGCGGCAUCCAGAUAUCAACGCCAGCGCCUAUAGCGCCUAUGCCUGCUUGGCCAUCGUCAUCUUCUUCUCCGUGCUGGGCGUGGUCUUUGGCAAAGGGAAUACAGCCUUCUGGAUCGUCUUCUCCAUCAUCCACAUCAUUUCCACCCUGCUCCUCAGCACACAGCUCUAUUACAUGGGCCGCUGGAAGCUGGACUCGGGGAUCUUCCGCCGCAUCCUCCACGUGCUGUACACAGACUGCAUCCGGCAGUGCAGUGGGCCCCUCUAUGUGGACCGCAUGGUACUUCUGGUCAUGGGCAACAUUAUCAACUGGUCUCUGGCCGCCUAUGGACUCAUCAUGCGCCCCAAUGACUUCGCCUCCUACUUACUGGCCAUUGGCAUCUGCAACCUGCUGCUUUACUUUGCCUUCUACAUUAUUAUGAAGCUCCGAAGUGGUGAGAGGAUCAAGCUUAUCCCACUGCUCUGCAUCAUCUGCACCUCCGUGGUCUGGGGCUUUGCACUCUUCUUCUUCUUCCAGGGACUCAGCACCUGGCAAAAAACCCCAGCAGAGUCGAGGGAACACAACCGGGACUGCAUCCUCCUUGACUUCUUUGAUGACCACGACAUCUGGCACUUCCUGUCCUCAAUUGCCAUGUUUGGGUCCUUCCUGGUGUUGCUGACAUUGGAUGAUGACUUGGAUACAGUGCAGCGGGACAAGAUCUAUGUCUUCUAACGGGGCCAGGACUCAUGCUUUACCUCCUGGGGCCCUGAGCUCCUCUACGAUGCCUGCCCGGUGCCACUGUAGCACCGAGGGUGUGAGUCCCAACUGUGCUGCUCAGCAUUAGAUGGCAGCGGGACAGUAAGAUUCCAGCCCAGGCCUGGCUGAGGACAGUUACAGGAUGGCACUGAGCCCUCUGACAAUUACAGUUGCCCUCUGCUGUGGAGGGGGCCUGCUCCCGAUUCCCUAAACAUUGGCCAAAUUGCUGCUUUCUUCUCAGUGUUGAGUCCCCCUCUGGACCUCUGUCCAUCCAUCUGUCUAUCAGCUUACCAUUUGUCCCUGUGUAGGACAAGGGAGGGAAGGCAAUGCCCUCCCCAUUUCAUGCCUUGCAGUCUACCCAUCUUUCCCCUUCCCCCGAGCCCUUUCUUUCUCCAUGCUCUGCUCCAGGGCCCUAGUCUGGUCCCUGAUUCUCUGUCCAGCACCCAGGCCCCUGUUCUCUUUGGGUCUGUGCCUGGCUACCAUCACUGCCUACUCUGGCUGGUCAGGAUGGAUGUGGGUAUGAGACUGGGGGGGGCUCACCAACUGGUGCCAGGCUUUCGGUGCUAAGGCCUGCAAAGGGCCUAGGGUCCCACCCUCCUUCCUCUGACCUGUGCUUAGGGCUGGCUCUUAGCAGUGAAAGUCAGCCCAGUUUGGGAGUCUUUUCUGAUCUGGGAGGCUGAAUUUAGAGGUCACCACCUCCUCAUCCCACCAGCCACCAGACUGAUGCCAGCACCAGGGUUGGUGGGAAGUUGCGACUCACCCAUCCUAGUCCUUACCCUCAGUCCUGCCAAGCCCCAGCUGGGGCCUUUCAGUGCCAUUGACACUGCCCAAGAAUGUCCGGAGGCAAAGGAGGAGUGGUGUCAUGCACCCAGUCCCCCUCACCCUGCCUCCUCCCCAGGAGCCGGAGCCCCAGUGCCUGUCUUAGAAAGGGAGGGACAUGCCAAGUCCUUGUAUGCCCCCGACCCUGCCUCACUCUAGGACUCAGGGCUGGCUUCUGAGUUUCUGUCCAGUGUUUAGCCAAGUUCUGUGUUAGUCACAAGGGCAUAGGAGCCUUGGCGUUUACAUGGAGUUACCCAGCUCUGGGACCCUGGCCGCUCUGGUCCUUGGCUCCCCUUCACUCUGCCUGGCUCAUUCCAAAUACCAGGGAUGGGGUCAGAAUGUGUUUCAUUUUCCCCAUCUGUUCUUACAGCUCUUUCAGGCUGGGGAGAGGAGGUGGGUCUGGGGCUUUGUUUCAGAGCUCCGUUUUGUCUUUCCAUGCUACGGUUGUGAUUCUGUUUUCUAUGAAUGGGUUCAUUCAAUAAAGACACAACCAGAUGGGAUCUGGA